UUGUCGGGUUACGCGCCCUCAUUUCCAUUCCCCUCCCCCUCCUCCGCCGGCGCCUCCUCCUCCGCCUCCCUCCUUCCCAUCCCACGGCGCACAAAACCCUCGACACCCUCAUUUCUCCCGGCCUCCUUCCGUUCCGCCCGCGCCCCCACUUUGUCGCUUCUCUGGGUGCGGGCGGUGUGUGCGCCUAGGGCGGUGGUCAUUUUUGCUGUCUGCGAGGAGGAUGCAGGCCACCGGGAGCGUGACCUGGGUCGUCGGCGCCCAGGCGUCCGUCUUGGGGAGAUGCAGCGGCGGGGUGCCCUACCCUUCGUCGUCGUCUUCUGCUUCCUCUGGUAGGUCCCAGGGGCUCGGCACGGUGCGGUGCUGCGUGCAGGCGCAGGAGAAGAAGCCACGGGUGAGGAAGACCAAGGAGGAGCGGAGGGAGAUGGUCGAGUCCUUCGUUGACAUGUAUCGGGUUUCAAACAACGGGAAAUUUCCUUCAGUCAAUCUUACACACAAGGAAGUUGGAGGAUCAUAUUAUAUAGUCCGUGAAAUUAUGAGAGAUAUCAUCCAAGAGAACAGAGUUCUUGGCCCUGGUGACUUGAAUGCUAAGACGUUGAGUUUUCAGGAUUGCCCUGAUUCUUCAGAAUUAUCAAAUAGGCAUGAAUUGGGCCAAGACAACAUAGAGAUAUUAGAUAUGUCUGAUGGGUAUCAUGGCAACAAAGAUUAUGUGCUGGAAAUGUCUGACAAGGAUGAAGCAUUUUCAUUGCAAACGAACUUCAUCAGCACUCAACAGUUACUGACCUCAUCUGAUAUCUUGGAAUCUGGUAUUCUGAACAGUGUACUCCAAAAUGGGAAUGUAGCAGAUGCAACAUGCUUGGAGCCAAACCUUGAGAAACAAGACGAAGCCUUGCGUGGGAAACCAAGGGAGUCUCAGACUAAUAGUUCUGAGAUGCAAGCCCCAUCUCUUGCUCAUGUUUCUGAUUUGCAUAAGGAAAUUGAGGUCACCAAUGCAGGGGAUGAGCAUGAGGAAACAACCAGUAGCAUCACUGAUGAAGUCACUCUUUCCCCAGAACGUAGUGUUGUUUCUCAAACAAAUGGUGCACUUCUACAUGAGCAUGUGACAUCACCUGACGAAUGUGGUGUCACAACUAAUACUGCUGUUGAUGAGGCUAUUGUUUUCUCAGAAAAUAAUGGCGUUCUUCAGACAGAUCAGAUCCUUAUACAGGAGCAUGAGAUAGUACCUGAAACAUCAAGUAUCGAGACAGAAGUUGUUCAGGUUGCAGAUGGCCAAUUUAGAUCUGCAACACCUGCAACUCAAAUGGAUGCUUAUACCUCGAAUACAAGUGCAGCAACAAUAGAAUCAGCUGUGUCCAUUGAUCAUCAUGAUGUGGUUGAGCGACCACUGCUUGGUGCCAGCCCUAACGAACAACGAAAGCCAGAAGAUCUUGCCUCUCGACCAGCAAUGGAUACAAAGGGUUUUCUGCAAAAGGAAUACAACCACAACACGGUAGAGAAAGAUGUAAGUGAAAUCAAGAAAUCGGUAUCUGGCAUCACAGAAGAAGAGCGUGAGGCAAGCAAGGCUAAUCAUGAACAUGGGAUAAGUGCGACAACAACGAUCGGCAGGCAUGCACUUUGCAUUCUGACAUUGCGUUGCAUGCUUACUGUUUAUAAUUUUCUGCAUACAUCGCAAAAGGCCAUAACAUAUUAGGAGAACUGGGAAGGGACAGCAGAAGAAAGAGGACAACCUAUUUUGGCUUAUCGUAAGGGCAUUUGUUGUUUCUAUGUCCAAGUUGUGGGCAAAAUGAGUGAUGGGCGAAAUGCAUCUUUAUCUGGUACUUCCUGGGAUGUCUUCCUGCCUACUAGGAAACGAGAAGCGCUUUGCGGAGCUCCAAUCUCCCUGAUGCAUAUAGAUGUUCUUCUUGCGCAGCACUUUGGGUGUUUUGUUAUGCUUGGUUUAGUUUAUAGCCUAUUUUUGUAGCUCAGAUGUAUCGUUUGGUCAACUUGCUCUGCUUUGUCAAGUUGACACUGCCAACUCUAGAGAAGUACUCAGGAGUUUCUUAUUUUGUAGGAGUAAGAUCUGUCUUGAGCUCUGAAAGCAACAGUUCGUACAUUCUCCGAUUUAAUCGAGCAUGAAUGAUUUCCUGUUGACUUUUCUGCAA